CCGCCGCCGCCGCCGCCAUUGCGCGGCGCUGUAACCCUUGAAGGGUGCUCCUGCGCUUCGAGCCUCUGCCCGCGCGCCGGGCCCUGCAGGUGCUGCGGCCCCGCGACCGCGUCUCCGCCAUCGCCCACCGCGGCGGCUGCCACGACGCCCCCGAGAACACGCUGGCGGCCAUUCGGCAGGUGAGACCCCGGCCGCCUCGCGCACCUCCGGGGAGCUGGGACUGCUUCCUGCGUGUCUUUUCCGAAGGUUCCCCCGUCUUCUCACGAUUGCCUGCCUUCCCAUAACCCCAUUCGCCCGCCGGGAAGACAUUGAAGUGGCCCUCCAUCCCUUUGACGUCUGGCAAGCCUCCCGACUUCAAGUAUUUAUAGAACCCAGCGAGUACGCUCAUGUUUGCCAGGUGCCAGGCGCUGAGCAUGCAGUCAUGGACAAGACAGAAAGGCAUCUGGCUUGUACAGAAGUUGCACUGGAGUCCAGGAGACAGGCCUUAAACACGCAGCUAAGAAUGGAGCCACAGGCGUGGAGCUGGACAUUGAGUUUACCUCUGAUGGGGUUCCCGUCUUAAUGCACGAUAACACAGUGGAUAGGACGACAGAUGGCACUGGUCGAAUAUGUGAUUUGACAUUUGAACAAAUUAGGAAGCUUAAUCCUGCAGCAAAUCACAGAUUAAGGAAUGAUUUCCCUAAUGAAAAAAUCCCUACCUUGAGAGAAGGAGUUGUAGAGUCCCUAAACCAAAACCUCACAAUCUUCUUUGAUGUCAAGGGCCAUGCAAAUAAGGCUAUUGAUGCUCUAAAGAAAAUAUAUAUGGAGUUUCCUCAACUAUACAAUACUAGUAUGGUCUGCUCUUUCUUGCCAGAAGUUAUCUAUAAGAUGAGACAAACAGAUCGGAAUGUAGUAACGGCUUUAACUCACAGACCUUGGAGCCUCAGCCAUACGGGAGAUGGGAAACCACGCUAUGAUAACAUGUGGAAACUGUCCACAUUUGUGGUCUUAGACAUUUUACUCGACUGGAGCAUGCAUAAUGUCUUGUGGUACCUGUGUGGGAUUUCAGCUUUCCUCGUACAGAAGGAUUCUAUAUCCCCGAACUACCUAAAGAAGUGGUCCGCUAACGGCAUUCAGGUGGUUGGUUGGACUGUUAAUACUUUUGAUGAAAAAAGUUACUAUGAAUCCUAUCUUGGUUCCAGCUAUAUCACCGACAGCAUGUUGGAAGACUGCCCACCUCACUACUAGACUUUUCCCCCAGGGAGGAAGCCAUGGGUACAGAGAUUGCCUGCUGGCCUCAUGCAGGGAUCCUGAAAAACCCUUUGUGCUAGCCCAAGCCAUGGGGAAUCGGGUGGCCCGCAGAAGCACUAGUUGGUAAUUGCAUUUUAACCUUGGACCAAAGCAAAGCCUGGUGUUGCCACCGUGCUCCAUGGAAUGCCUGAGUUCAACACCAUUGCUCUUGAAAAUCUGGGUCUGCAAAAAAAGGCACAAUAGCUCCUGCCCAGACCUUGCUGAGGCACACACCAAGACCCAGUGAGGAUAGGCACAGGUUGAGCUGUGCAAUGUGGGAGCACAAAUGCAAAUGCAUGGGAUACGCAUGAUCACUCAAACUUGACAUUUUAAAAUUUGACACACAUGUAAUUUAUUUAAAAUAUUUGUAUUUGGCUACAUUAUCAAUGUACUGUAGUCAUCAAACUUGUGACCAUACUAAUAAUAAAAUCAUUAAAAGGAGCACGAAGGGAAAACUGCUUAUCAAGCAUCAAAUCCUAGGACAUAAGGAAUUUAGGGAAGCUGCUAUCAGCAAUCCAGUGCCGGGGCAACAGCUUCAGUGUGACGCAAAUGUCAGGGAAGUCUUGACACCAGCCUGAGGGAUUGUUUGUGGUAUCUUGAAAUAAGAACUAUAGACCACUAGGGGGCAGAGUUUCACCCUUUCAGGCUACUCUACAACAGAUGAUCGGAGACUAUUCAAGGACAUCUAGGCUUAUCCUCAUUUUACGUGAGAAAACUAAAACCUGUGAAAGGGAAGGGUCUUAUUCAAAAAUGACACCACUGGUGAUGUAGCAGAGCCUGAUCUUAUGAUAGUUAAAAUUUUUUUUUUACUAUUUGCCAGGAUCUUUAGUGGUUUUUAACACAUUAUCUUAAUUAAAUCUCACAAAAAUCUUAGAGGUAUUGGCUUUUUGAGGAAACUGAGGCACUGCAAAAUUAGUUACUUAAGGUCUCAAAUUUCUUGGUGCAAUUGGGAUUCAAAUCUAGGUUGGUCUGACUCAGAGCUCUUGCUUUUAACCCCCUGCCUGCCUUUAUACAGCUCUUGAUUCCCAAUUCCUUCCCACACGAGCUACUGGAGGGUCUUAUUGUGAACUUAAAUAGCAAUAUUUAAAAUAAAGUUGAGACUUUAAAAGAUUGCAAAGCUUUCUUUCUCCUCUAGGCCCCUCUUCCCCCUACCUAACAGCCCCAUCUGUAGCCUUGAUCGCAGGCCUCACUACUUAGUCAUGACUUCCCUCCUGAGUCCAGUGGGUCACCAGCCUCGCACGCGCGGCAGGCCACCGGUCCACGCAGCCAGGUGGCCGUGAGAAGCAAAUGGACUUUUGCUAUAGUUGGUGUUGGCAGGAGCAUGUAGGUGGGGUUUGGGAUAAUUUUCCAUUUAUAAAAUUUUCCUUGAAUGUUAAGAUUAUAAGAUAAAGAUUUAUUCAAUAAAUGGAGCAGAUACCUAAACUGCAUGUAUUUCUGUGUCACAUUAUGACAAAUGAUGAGAACCACCCAAAAUUUCUGUGGCCCAAAUUCCUCCUGUGACUUAUAUUCAGAGAUGCACACCGACAGGGAAGGAAUGCCUUUAGGGGCAGUAAAGUUAACAUCCCUCUUGUGUGAAGACCUUUUGAAAGCCAGUUUACUGUCUUGACUUUUGUCCCGAAUCCAUUUUGCUCUUGACUGUGCCAUACCCAAUUAAGGAUUUAGAGCCUGUGCUAAAGUGGCUUGGGCCUUGAAGAAUGGAGAGUUUGGAUGAAGAAAGAUGUUAAUAAGUAUUACUGUUGCCUGCCCACUGUGGCUCUGGUUGAGCGCUGACCUAUGAACCAGGAGCUCAAGGUUUGAUACCUGGUCAGGGCACAUGCCCCGGUUUUGGGCUUGAUCCCCAGUAAGGGGUGUGCAGGAGGCAGCCAAUCAAUGAUUCUCAUCGUUGAUGUUUCUAUUCUCUCCCUCUCUGAAAUAAUAUAUAUACUAUUAAGUACUUACUUGAAAGGCUUGGUAUUGGGUUAAAAACAGGAUUUGGGAUCAGAGAAAGGUAAAUCUGAUUUCCUGAUUAGCACCUUGCCAGCUGUAUGACCUUGGACUAGUUACUAAUUCAUCUGUAAAAUAAGGGCAGUAGUAGUGUCACCUCAGAGGGUGGUUGUGAUUAAACGAAAGUUCAUGUAAAA